UUCCUUGCUUUGUUCCGGUAGCUUUAAUCUAAUGGAGAGGCAAUGUCGUUGAUUCAAAUCAGCAAAUCCUUUAUUUUGGAUGGUAGGUGAAGCCUCCUUCUCACCGAUGCAUCAACACGCAGGUACAAGAAAUUUAGGUUUUUUUAAUUCGUUUUAGAUUGGAAUUUGUUGUUCCGAUCUUAGAAGAUAAGUAUCACGCAAUUGUUGUUCCGAUCCAUACGAGAGAGUGGUUGAAUGAGGUGGUUGUGGGCAUUCAAUUAUGAUGUCUGCCCAACAAGAGUUCUACAACUCCGGCGCUUCUAAUGGUUCCCUAACUCCCCGAAAAAGGUUAGAACUUUUAGUGAAUCAACCAAGCAAUAGAUACUGUGCUGAUUGUGGUUCUCCAGACCCAAAAUGGGUAUCACUAAAUCUAGGUGUAUUUAUUUGUAUCAAGUGUUCUGGAGUUCAUCGGGGUCUUGGAGUUCAUAUUUCCAAGGUCUUGUCAGUGAAGUUGGAUGAUUGGACAAAUGAACAGGUUGAUUCUGUAAUCGAUGGGGGUGGUAAUGGUACUGUAAAUAUGAGAUAUGAAGCCUUUUUGCCAGACAAUAUUAGGAAGCCAAGACCAGACUCCUCUAUUGAAGAACGAUCUGAUUUUAUCAGGAGAAAAUAUGAGCUUCAACAGUUUUCAAGCUCAAAUAUAGAUGGAUAUAUGAUAUCUAGUAAUAAUGCAUGUUUGCUGCAACAUGCUCCAAGUAACAGGCACCUUGAGAAGCAACAUACUGGUGUUCGCCAUGGUCUAGGUCAUGCAUUUCGUAAUAGCUGGAGAAGAAAGGAUACUGAACAUAAAUCUAUAAAGAAAAUGAUGGGAAUGGUUGAAUUUGUUGGAUUAAUUAAGGUCGACGUGAUUAGGGGCACCAACUUAGCUAUUCGUGAUGUGGUGACAAGUGAUCCGUAUGUUAUUCUGAGCUUGGGACACCAGUCAAUGAAAACACGGGUGAUAAAGAGCAACUUGAACCCAGUAUGGAAUGAAAAACUAAUGUUGUCAAUCCCAGACCCUAUCCCACCUUUGAAACUGCAAGUGUAUGACAAGGACACUUUCUCUACUGACGACCGCAUGGGGGAGGCUGAGAUUGACAUCCAGCCACUUGUAGCAGCAGCCAAAGCAUACGAAAACUCCAACAUCUCAGAAUCUAUGCAGCUCGGGAAAUGGCUAGCAUCGGAAGACAAUACCUUGGUAAAAGAUAGUAUAAUAUCCCUUGUCGAUGGCAUAGUAAAGCAGGAGCUUACCUUGAGACUUCAAAAUGUAGAACGUGGUGAGUUGGAGAUUGAACUUGAAUGUGUCCCUCUCAGUCAAUAAAUUGGAGAGUACGGUGCAUGCAUGCUCUUGCCAUGAACUCUUCGUUAUUUUCUUGAGGGACAGUUUGAGUAAACUGCAUGAGUUAAUAGUUGUAGCAUGAUGUACAUUGUUUAGUGAUUGUGUUGUAAUAUAGUGCCUUUUUAGCUAUUAA